AUGCUGGCGCAGGGCGGACGCGCGUGCUCGCGUCGUGGCUAUCUCUGGCGUGCAACCGCCAAAGAGGCGGAGAAGAUGAAGUCAUUGACAAUAGCGCCCAGUGCCUCGUUCCGUGCGCUGCAUGCGGCAACAGACGAGGCAACACCGAGCUCCAAGUCAUGGCACGCAAGGGGAAACCACCUGCGGACGUUUGCGUUGAUGCCGACGUCGAGUGGACUCGGCGCUCGGUCGUUUGCUCAGUCCAGUGCUACAGCGACGGCGUUGGAGGAGGAGGAGGACGAGGAGGGCGCAGAAAAGAGUCGGGACCAGUCACAAGAUCGCGACAGUAAACAACGCCACGACAAAACAAACGACCACGACGGAAAACAAAGCUGCGAGGCGAACCAGCCGCGAGACACGAGACUCAUUCAAAGCGAACGACUGGAGGACGAGUACAUGACGCGGCUUGAAGAGGCGCUGGACACGACCGACGGAUCGGCUGCGUGGCGCACGGCACUGGACAUUUUCCACGAGAUCCAGCAGUCAAACGGACGAGGACUGGCGCUCGAAGUGGCGUCGUUCCUCGUGGAAGUACUGGGCGCACGGAACUGCGUCCAGGACUGCAUGAAGGUGCUGGCGUACGCGCGUGAGCAGGGCAUCCGGCCGCGUAUCCAGUCGUACUCGAGUGCAAUUGGCUGCUGCUAUAGGGAGGAGCAGUUUGGACACGCGCUGCGGGUGUUUGAAGUCAUGCGGAACGACGGGUACCUCCCACAGACUGUGACGUACUCGCACGCACUGUCGUCGGCGCUCAAGUCGGACCAGCACGAACUUGUGCUCGAGAUCUUUGACGAUAUGAUCAAACACCGACUGGAGAUGAACAUUGUCAUUUACAACAACAUCCUCAACAGCUGUGCCCGUGCAGCCGACGUGCACAGUGCCGUAGGUGUGCUACGCGCGAUCCACGAGCAGCAGUUGACGAUGACGCAGUCGACGUACCACUCGCUUGCCAUUUGCGCGGGCAAGACGGGCAACUGGGAGCUCGCACUCGAUGCGAUGAACAUGAUGCGGACGAACGGGUUUGAACCAACGGCCACGAUCUACAACUCAGUGUUCUCAGCGUGCGCCAAGGGCAAGCAGUGGGACACGGUCGUGGAAGUGUAUGGCUCCAUGCCCGACGACCUUCGCGAAAGUCUGCGUGGCGUGUACCUCGGUUCUGUGGUAAUGGGCCACGCCAAGUCUGAGAGUGAGGAGCACAAGCUGCAGGGAUUGGAGAUCUUCUACAAGUACAAAGCGCGCGAGAGCGAAGACGAUCAGCCCAACUUUUUCGCGUACAAUGCGGCGCUCAUUGCGCUGCUGGGGACGAAUCAACUGGAGAAGAUCCACUCGCUGGCCAACGAGAUGAAAAAGCAGGGAAUGAAGUGGGACACAGUGACUUAUCAGUGCUUGAUCUUGGCUUACAUUCGCGGCGGUGCUGUUGAGACUGCUGUGCAAAUGCUGCAGAAGAAUGCGAAGCGCAUGGAAAAGACGACCAUGUGCUACCGCGAGGCCAUUGAAUUCUACGACGAGAAACGCAAGAAUCCGCGCGAGGCGGUACGACUCACGAUGCAAAUGAUGCAGAUGAACAAGCGCCUCAGCCGCCUUGACUGGCACAAUGCGCUGCGCAUCGCACUGGAGCUGCCCGAGCGAGCGCCGUACUGGAAUUUCCGCAAGUGGAUGAACAUACGCGCCAGGGGAAUCAUGAAAGAUGUGCCGUCGCAUCUUAUGCUGCCCAGUCAUGCUGAGCAGCGUGCUCUCCUGCAUGAAGACGGCACAAGUCAAGAGCAACCUGAGCGGGAACACCACCAGGACAACUACCACUCACGCAAGCGCCUGCUGAACCGUAGGAAGCCGAACGUUGAUACGGAAAAGUUCUUGUAA